AUGGCCGUCGACAUCGAAUUACGUGCCGAGUAUGAAUUAAGCAUGUACAACCGCGACUACCCCCGAUUGGACGGGGUUCGGGAGAAGAAUUCUGCCCAUGUCCAUACCCUUGACAAGAUGCGAAUCCAGUUCGAGAGCUAUCACGACAUGGUCGAGGACCCAGUCGCCUAUAAGCGAUACAAGGAUAGCAUGUAUUCCAUCGAUCGUGACAAUUCUGCUAGGUAUGCUUGA